UAUAUAGAAAAGAAGCUGAGAAAAAGGAAAACACUGAAGUGUAAUAAAAACAAUCAUUUUAAAAUAUUUUCAAUUAAAAAAUAUGCCUCAAGGAAGUGUCUGCACAAUACGAUAUUUGGAAAACAGUGAAAUCAGUGAAGGCAUCAGUGAAAUGCACAUUGCCAGAUAGAGUCGUCGCAUGUCAGGCCAGAAAUCAAUUCACAUUUUAUUUUACAUUUAAUUAAAUAUUGUUUACAUAAGUCCACACGAUGGCAACAAAUUGUGAAUUACGGGAUACCGUUAUACAGACCGCCAAUAAACAUCCCAAUUCGAAAAUAUCGAAACUUAUCUUUUCCUUACACGAAGAGCCAACGCUGGGCAAUAUUGCGCUGUUGGUGACGGAGCUGGCAGCGCAGAGCACCGGCGACUUCGAUUUCCUAAUGAGCUACUUUCUAGAUAUGUUCUACGAUUUAAUUUUAACCUCCAACGAAGAUGUGCUAAACGAAGCUGGUCUUUUGAUUUACAAUGCAACCAAAGUAAUUUCGCGGGCCGAGGACAACAUCUUCGAAAGAGCGGGAGCACAGCUCAACUCACUGAUAAGCAAUGCCGGCGAAGCAGACGCUGCUAAAGCCAACGGAAAUCCAACAGUCGAAAAACCACCAGCCCGAAAAACAAAGCGAAGCAAAAAGAUAAUGGCGGAAACUGAAAAUCCAUUCGAGAUGGAACUCUCUUCGAAACCAAUUAAACCGCUAACCAGAGAAAAACGGUUUACAGAUAGUCAAAUUGAACCAACAAAACGUAAGAGUAACAUGACUUCAACACCUUAUACAUAUCCGGUGGUGUGGCAAGAUGUUAACAUAAUGGAUAAAGAUAACACAGAAGAUACAGACUUGAAAAGAAACUAUAAACUAUUUACAUAUCAUAUUGAACAUAGAUACAAUACCCUAGUGCCGGAUAUAAAUUUUAGAAUUCAUUUCAAGGUGAAAGAUUACAUACAGAAGGAAAAAGGUUUAUUAAGUAAUCAAUUGAAGUCUCCAUUGAGAGACUUUGGUAAUUGGCAACCACUGUCAGAAGAAUGUGUCAAUAAAUAUUUAGACUUAGAAGAUUUAACAUUUGAAAGAGAAAUAACUGGACAGCAAAACGGAGAAGAAACUCGAGAAAAACUCUUAGAACUACUUGAUAGUGCAGGAAACGAAGUUACAGCAGAAUCAACAACAGCAGCAGAAACUGCGACUUCAAACACUACAACUGUGAUUAUUACAGAUGAGAAUAAUGUACAAACGAGUGAAGUUAACAGGUCCUUAGAUGCGACUGAAGGACCGAAUGAAUCUAACACUGAUAUAGCAGAUACCACACAUGAAGCUGAAACAGUCAAUAAGGAAAAUGUAGAUGCGAAUAGCACAAGCAUAUAUAACACUCAAGAAUCUGGAUUUGGAGACAUGACGACUGAGUCCGAUUCUGUCUUAAAUUCACUUGUGAACGAAAACUUGGAUUCAAGUAAUAUUAGUCAAAACGUAUCUGCUACAAAUGAUUGCACUGAUUCCGGAAUUAAUAGUGCUUUGGACACCACGGAUACAACCAAUAAAACUCAAAGUUCAAAUGAUUGCACCAAUUCCGAAAUUAAUAAUACCUUGGAUACUACAAAUACAACCAUAAACAAUGAUUCUAACGUUGAUUUGUGUAGUAGUGUGGCUGAUGCAAGUAAGAUUUCGUAUAAUACACAGGAAUCAGGUAUAGAUAUUAGCUUUCCUGAUGAUGCCAAUGGGGAAAAUACUGAAACCACAAAUACACAAGAAGUUUCAGAAAAUAUUGAUGAUGACGUUCAUAUGGAUGAUGACUUAGAAAAUACAGACAAUGUUAACUUAAAUGAAGAUCAAGCUGUUGUGCCCGGUGUCGAUAGUUCGGCAAAGAAUACGGCAUUUCCUCCAAACAAGGAAAACAUAACCAUAACUGUAGAUGACAGUAUAAAAAAUCUGCUGAACGCCCCCCAAGUGGAGCCAGAAGUUUACAACUUGCCGAACAAAACAACGGAACCUGUUCAAGAAAUAAAAUUAAAUAUUUUCAAGUUUAAAGAAAAGCUUAUAAGAAAAAGGGUUUUAUUUCGAUUAGGUCCUGAUUUUGAUUUAUUUAUUAAAGCACGUACACUCAAACGGCAGCGUGGGGAAAAUCCAGCCGAAACUCGCAGUACAAAACUUUUAAAACAAGCCUUAUCACGGAGCCCGACUUGGUCUCUUCAAUUAGAUUCCGAUUUUCUUGGAUUCGAGGAACUACCCGCAAUAAAAACAAAAGAAAGAAAUUUCAGUAAAGAUUCAGGAACGGGUACGGAUCUUAACAUUAGUGACGACGAAUUUUUGGAUACAGAAGAUAAUCAUUUGUUUAGAUUAGAGACAAUAGAAGAAGUAAACGAAGAUUUAGAAAUGAGAGAAACUGACCUUUGUUCAAAUGAAUUGUCGUCCAUAACCGUACCGACAAAUCCCCCCAUUAACUGUGAUCAGAAUUCAGGAAAUGACUGCGCUCUAAGUGGUGAAAAUAACACCACUACAAUGGAGUCAAUAGUGGAUGAACCCUCGACUAGUGAUAAUCAUAAUGCAAAUUCAACAGAACCAACCGUGGAUAUGGCUAGAGGCGAUAAUAAUGCAAGUAUAGCUGAGAACACUAUGAAUGUACCUGUACAGGAUAAGGAAAAUAAUACAAGUGCAAAUGACGUUACUGCUGCUGUUGAAUCUAAUAACAGAGAAGAGAAUAAUGAAUGCACAACAGAGUUAACGGAAAAUAUCGCUCGUGCAACAAAUGCUGAUAACAAUGAUGUAGUAAUGAAUGAGUUAGACAAUGAUGUUAGUGAUACAGAAUUCAUAAAUUUUGAUAACAUGUUAGAAGAGGAUGAUAAUGAUGAUGAAGAUGAAGAUGGAGAUGGAGAUAAUGUAGACGAUCUAGUAAAAAAAACAAGAAGAUGGCAUAAAAAGUUACGACCUAUGCUGGCAGAAGCUCAUGCUAGAAGUACCUUUGAUGUUUAUGAAUUAGGUACUGAGAUAAUCAAUAAAAUACUGGAAGUUGAAAGCAAGAACAGGGUGUGUACAUUUCAAGAUAUAAUGGAAGGCAAGGAUUGGUCAUAUGUUGCGCGAUAUAUUUUAGCGGCAUUAUUGUUGAUAAAUCAACGAAAUAUCGAUAUAAUUAAAGAUGGGCAAGCCGUGCUAGAAGAUCGUGUAUUUAUGUCACAUGAAAUAUCAUUCAAGUUGUUAACUACAAAACGACAUGAAGUUGCAAUUGAGGAUAACAUUGGAAUGGUUGGCAAAACCAAACAAAAUAUUGUACAAGAAUUACCACACAAACGCAUUGAACCAAAACCAGUUAAAGUGCUUAAAGCAUUAACGCCACGUACAAUGGAACCAUCCACUUCGACUCCAAUACCUACUAAAAGAAUUUUACUUGAAGGUAAUAAGAAAGCUCCCUCGUCGACACAGUUAAAACGUAACAAUAUCGUUACAAUCAACGCGUCGACUGCUAAACGAGUUUGUAUUGAUACUGAAUUAAAAACACUUUUAAACGACGUAACGCCUAUUAGAAAUAUUAGCAAAAUACGUCGUUUGACUAUGGAUAUAGAUUCUGGUGUCCAUACACUAGACGAAACCAGUAGUCAGAGUAAUUGCUAGUAUUAAAAUAUUGCAUUUCCGUAAUGCAAUUAAUCCGAAAUGGUACAUGUUUGUGAUUAGUUU